CCCGCAGAGAACAGUAACUUUACAAGUUGUAUAAGUGUGUUGGCCGAGGUUGGGACAUCCGGAGUACGGACAAACCUCCCCCGCGCCCAAACAUCACAAAGCUGGAAGUUGGAUGUAUGACAUCAUUCCCCCUCCAUGGACGACGUCAUGUACCCCAGUACCACCAUUCAUCGGGGCUGUUGUACUGUGGUUAAGGGACGAUACAGACUAAUGAUAAGUUAGGGGGAAGAUGGAGGUAAAUCUGGCUGGAUGGGGUUGAAGCAUGGCAGGACAGCCGUCAUUGCCCAUACAUGGUCGACGUCAGCAAUUCAAAGGUCAAGGGGGGCAAGAUAUAUGCCGCCUCCCCUCCCCGGAUUUCGAGCCUCUUCUUCGGACAUACCGACUAUUUGAUUGCAUACCAAACCAUUUGACCACUAUUGUCAACAAGAAGCAUUCAACCAACCCAACCAAGAUUAGCAAACAUGGAGACCAUCCAGCGUGCCGCCAGCGCCGCCAGCGAGGCUCUCUUCGGCGAGCACGGAGAGCACGGGCAUACCACCCACGGUAAUACGGGUACCACCACACGCACCAAUGCCGCGGGAGAGAUGACCCACGAGCCGCUGUCGGGACGGACAGGGGAUACGAAAGCAGGAGAGCCAUAUGACGCUGGUAACCUAGACGAGAGAUCCCAGCAACGCAUCGCCGCUUCAAGGGACGAGCCCACCAACAUCACCGGCACAGCUAGAGAAUACACUUCCACCACUGGCACAUCAGGCGGAUACGCCCCCACUACAUUCACUACCGGCGGCACUGGCGGAUACGCCCCAACCACAUUCACUACCGGCACAGCUGGCGGAUAUGCGCCCACCACUUCCACCACCAGGUCCACCAGCGGCGAAGGUGAACUCCGCCGCUCCUCCGACAUCUCCCCCCGCUCCAGCCCAGCCACAGGCACGAUCCCCAUCCCCUCCAACAUUGACCGCCAUGCCGGCGGAGGCUCGUACUCAUCUGCCCGCGAGACCGCCGCGCGCGCUAUGGGCGCAGCUGAGACGCCUGGCAGCAGUGUCGGUGCAGCAGGAUACGCUGGUGCUGGCGCUGCUGCGGGAGGUACGGGACUGUGGAGUGCGGGGCAGGGGAGGGAGGAGGUUGACGCUAGAGAUGGAGGACAGCAGGGACAGCAAGCGAGAUUUGCGGGUGAGGGGGGCAAGGCGGAUGCAGCGGAUGCAGCGGAUGUGGCGCCUUCGAGGGCGCAUGCUGAGGGGAUGAAGGUUAAGGAUGCUGGCGAGACUUCUACGACUGGUCCGACUGGGGUUGGUGCUGGAGCUAGACCUACUAGCGCUGCCAGUGCCGGAGCUAGACCUACUAGCGCUGCCAGUGCCGGUGCUGCAACAGGUGGCGAGGGCGCACCCCUUGGCCGCCGCCAGAGUCUGACGGCUCACCUCCCGGGCGAGCCUGGAGGCGAGGGCAUGCGUCGCACGAGUGGCGCUGGGGAGGGAACGGGGGAGCAGUGGGUUAAGAGCAGUGGGAUGAAAGCUGAUGGCGGUGAUUUUGACGCCAGUGCUCCUGGUGCUGGAAGGGAGGCUGAUCGCCUGUUGACGGAGAAGGGCAUCAAGCGCUCGGGUGCGGAUGAGAAGGAGGUGACGGGGCAGAUGGAUACGAAGGCACCGAAUGGGUACAAUAAUGCUUCGGAGAGCGAGAAGCUGGGAGGUCUGAAGGAUAAGCUUAUGAAUAAGCUACAUAAGGGUCCGCUGUAACAUGAGGGCUCGAUAAUAUGGAUAGGUGUGUGUGACGAGUUUUCUGCGCAAGCUCGUCGUUGGAUUAUGUUUUGGACUUUGUAUAAGCUAGUUCCUAUUGAAUGAUCCAUCCACCUCAAACCCUCAGAAAUUUCAAAUCCCAACAACAACCCACGACCCUUCGUCCAUUUCAUCAAUCCCACAACCCGUAUUCCGAAAUGUGGUUAAAUAGGUUAUACGGGUGUUUGCUUACAUCAAGGUCGAUAAGUCAUCGAUGUACAUUAAACAAAUGUCUUCAUGGCUCAGUUGGUUAGAGCGUUGGUCUCAUACUUCUUGUAUGACGUAACUGUCAAACAGUCAUGUGAUUGCCAUCCAAAGGUCGUGAGUUCGAACCUCACUGAGGACAAUUCAAUUUUUUGCCAUUUUUUGUGCUAUUUUCUGUCUAAUGAAUGCCUUUUUUUUUUUUUUUUUGUCUUUACUAGCCCUGAUCUAUUGGCGUUGACAUAUGACGGAGAGAGCAGGAGGACUGUGCGUGGGGGUUAGAGGGAGCUGAACAGGGGAUGGGCAGUUAUUCUGCACGGGGUUGGGAGGGGUACUUGUGCCCCCUAAAAG